GAGAGAGAAAGAUAAACAGAUACAGGAAACGAGGCAGUGUACCGAGGCGAGAAAAAAAACAGUUUGAGGAAAAAAAAUGACAAAAAUCAGAGGUGAAUCAGGGAUUAAGGGAGGGAGGAGAGGACAUAAGAAGAGUGGGGACGUGUGGACCAAUAAGAACGUGAAGCAAGAAAGAAAAAAGGAGGAAAGGAGAACAGAGAGCAGCACGCUAUAGAAAGGAACAGAGAGCGCGAAAAAGUGAGUGUGACAGACUGACGGACAGCCGCACCAAGGAAUCACAGAGAAAGAUGCAUUCCGUCCUGUUGCUCGGCUGCUUUGUCCUCUGUGCUGCAACACAGUACCUUUUCGGCUCCGCCCACAUGAUCCCAGAGGAGCGACUCUCCAACAACAGGGUGGUUGUUUCUAACGCUCUGUCUCAAAACCUUGAGGUCCCCUCACCUCCUGUUCUCAUUGUAGAGCUGCCUAAAUCGACGAGGAAGAACAGAAAGUCAAAGAAACAGAGAAAGAACAAAUUUGGUGUGAAGAAGCGCCCUCCUCCCCCUGCUAACUGUAUCCCCCUGUGGGGAAGCUGUAAAUCUCCCAACAACGUGUGCUGUGAUUUCUGUGCCUUCUGUCAGUGCCGGCUCUUCAGAACAGUCUGUUUCUGUCGGAUGGGUAACCCUCGCUGCUGAACGCCAAAGCCUGCGGCUCGACUCAGCUACAAGCUAACGCAUCACAACAUCAUGCUGCAUCGAGCCGCUCGAGGUGACCACCGUUCGAAGUGGAUGACUUGUAGCUCUUGGUUUGUAAUGUUUGCCUAAAAUUCACUGCAUGAUAGCACUUUAUACCAAUGGACACCAGUGAACUUUUCCGAUCUAACAGGGUGUACCGCUUAUAGCACUGCCAUGAAACUCGUGUACGAGAGUUUUACAGAAAACAUUUUUUUUUUUUUAAAGAGUUUGUAACUGUGUUUUUAUCAUACUUUGAGCUUAAAGCAUGCAUACAGUGAAAAUGCUGGCUCAAAUAGAUUUAUAGAUUGCUUUAUUUUUACACAGAAGUACAUGAAUGUGCAUUACUACAAAUGUAUUACAAUGGGUACGAAAUACUUAAGUAGCAUUGUAUGAAUAAACUCAUUUAAGAACAUUUUA